AUGGUGCAGCCAGCAAAAUCUGCUAAUACGACAGAACGGAGGGGUUUGAACGCUGAUAACGGCCCUCAGCGAGAUCUUGAUGCUAGAAUGGUCGAGGACCAGAAGAAGAGAGCAUCUCGGGAGCCGGAAGACUCUCCGUCCUACUCCCGAGAGUUCUCCAACUCUGACCUCAAGGCUCAAUCGAAGUAUAAGCCUCUGACACCAGAAGCUGUGAUCACCAGGGAAGAGUUCGACCUGAUGAAGCACAGGUUUGACGAGCAGGUCGAGGCGCUCAAAGUCAGACAUAAGGAAGGUGAGACGCUAAAAGAGUAUGUCACGAGGUUCCAAGAGGAGCAGCUGAAGGUCGCACACUGCUCCGAUGAUUCAGCCAUGUGCUACUUCCUCACCGGCCUGGCCGAUGAGACCCUCACCGUGAAGCUCGGAGAGGAGGCUCCAGCAACCUUCGCCGAAGUUCUGCAAAAGGCGAAGAAAGUCAUCGAUGGACAAGAACUCCUACGAACCAAGACUGGCCGACCUGAGAAGCAGAUCGACCAAAAGAAGCUAAAUCAAGAGAAGAGGAAGGUUGAUUCUAAACCUAAGGACAAGGGAUCGUCCUCUUCUGUCAGCCGAAUCGAUUGCUGGGAACUGAAGCGUCAGAUUGAAGACCUCAUUCAAGAUGGCUACUUCAAAAAGUUCGUGGGUAAACCGAGGUUUAACUCGGUCGAAAAGAAAGAAGAGAGGAAGCGUUCAAGGACGCCGCCUCGACGAGAUGACCGACCUGCGGUCAUUAACACUAUUUUCGGAGGCCCAAGUGGGGGCCAAUCGGGAAAUAAAAGAAAAGAGCUAGUUCGCGAAGCCAGGCGCGAGGUGUUCAUCAUCAGGGAGCAGAGAUCGACCUGCUCCAUUACUUUUGAUGAUACCGACCUGGAAGGGGUCCACUUGCCCCAUAAUGAUGCACUUGUGAUCACCCCUCUGAUCAAUCAUGUCCUGGUUAGAAGAGUAUUGGUAGAUGGAGGUGCAUCUGCAAACAUCUUGUCCCUCCCAACAUAUCUAGCAUUGGGGUGGACCAGGUCACAGUUGAAAAAGAGUCCAACACCCUUGGUUGGAUUCUAUGGAGAAUCGGUCUCCCCAGAAGGGUGUAUUGACCUACCGGUCACGGUCGGACAAGAUGCUACCUAA